UCUUGGCUUUCAAGAACAGCAUAGAAGUAACACGAACCACUCUCUUUCUCUCUCCUCCACACCCAAACUAUACCACCCAGGGUUUUGCGCUUCAUUCACCCAACCAAUUUCUCUCUUCUUCUUCUUCUUCUUCCAUUCAGAAAGUUUGGUUUUUUAAUCGUGGUUUUCUGUAUCCUUUGAGGGGGGUGAGAUGUACGUAGCUGCUUCCAUGCGUAAGUCUUUCAAGGACUCCUUGAAAGUUCUUGAAGCUGAUAUUCAGCACGCCAAUACCCUGGCAUCAGAUUUUCCUAGGGAUUAUGAUGGUGCGUGCCUUCAGAUGAGAAUGUCAUACAGUCCAGCUGCACACUUGUUUCUCUUUUUGGUGCAAUGGACAGAUUGUCAUCUUGCUGGAGCCCUUGGACUGUUAAGAAUCCUAAUUUACAAGGUCUAUGUGGAUGGGACAACCACCAUGUCUACACAUGAAAGAAAAGCAAGUAUUAGAGAAUUCUAUGCGGUCAUUUAUCCCUCUUUAUUGCAACUUCAAAAGGGUGUCACUGAUAACGAGGAUAAAAAGCAAAAGGCUGUGUGCAUGGAAAGGUAUCGUAGAAGAGAUGAUGAGGAAUAUAAUAGGCAAUCUUCUGACAUAGACAUUGAAAGAGAAGAUGAGUGUGGAAUAUGCAUGGAGAUGAAUAGUAAGAUUGUGCUGCCCAACUGCAAUCAUGCCAUGUGCCUGAAAUGUUACCGAGAAUGGUGUGGUUGCACUAUAGAUACCAUGCAUAUAAAGGCGAACGAUAUCACAAUCGUGCCCAUUUUGCCGCGACAGUCUGAAGAGAGUGAACUCAAGUGAUCUCUGGGUAUUCACCGAUAGAAAGGAUGUGGUAGAGAUGGCAACGGUGUCGAGGGAGGAUCUCAGAAGGCUUUUCAUGUACAUAGAUAAGUUGCCUUUGAUUGUUCCAGACACUCUUUUCGACGCCUAUGACUCUCACAUUAGGUAAGUGAUCUCAACACAGAUUUUAAUGUCUUGGAUGGUUAACUAUUCACUUCCGCUACAACAAGUUAGUCGCAUAAAAGCCCGAACCCGAGUCAGCGAAUUGAGUUCAUAUCAUAUAGAGUUGCAGUACUUGCUUCCCACUUCUGCUAGAAGUAUCCAACCCUGUGUUAUUGUGGGUUGGUGGUGAAGUUGAGAUGGUAAAUUGUAUCUAGCUAGCUCAUUUGUAUAUCCCUGUACAGAUCGAAUUAAUUACUUAUUAACAAGAGAUUUGCACAUUCGGUUCUUGUCAUUUAAGUGUGAAUCUCUUGAGAAACUUCUCAUCAUGAAUGAAUGUAUUUAACAGAAUAUCAAAGGUGCUUUUCUAUGUACUGAUAUAUGUGUAUAUAUAUUAUCAUUUUGGAUUUUUUAAACCA